CAUAUGAUGAAUUCUCGGGACGGCAUCGGCCUGUUGCGCCCUUCCAGCGAUGUCGUUUGUCUUGUUCACAAUCUCGUCUGGUCAUAGAAACUACCAGUGUUUCCGCAGGAACUCCAAAUAUGCCCACUGCGAAACUGUCAUCUCUCUUCUGAUGCCACAAUGCGUCAUGACCUCCGGUAUAAUAAUUGUUCUAUUCAACAUCCUAGAUUACCAUUAUGUCUAAUGAGAAGGUGGUCGACGUGGAAGCCGGUUGGACCGUACGGCCACAUGAUGGCCGACAUCACAGUCACAUCUCCCAAGUGGUGCAGAGGUUAGAUACUGAAGACGCUGAUGAGGCGUAUGGUGGAGCUGCAACUCAUCAUGCCACGAACAUCAAUGACAACCCUGCACAAAUAAUCAUAUCUUGGGCGGCAGACGACAAGGACAACCCAUAUAACUGGCCGAAAUCGAAGAAGUUGCCAUUUGUACUCUCAACUAUGAUCUUGGUUGUGAACAGCACAAUGGGCAGCUCAUUACCAAGCAUGGCGAUUCCGUACAUGAUGGCAGAGUGGGGGAUCGCUGAUCAAGAACAGAAAGUUCUUCCCAUAUCGACUUAUCUUAUAGGAUAUGUGUGUGGUCCUAUAAUAUGGGGUCCAUUAAGCGAGCAAUAUGGCAGAAAGAAUUUGACAUUGGUGACCUUCACGCUGUUUAGCGGAUUUACAUUGGGUUGUGCGCUUGCCCCGAGUUGGUCUGCAUUCUUGGUCUUCAGAUUCUUCACAGGUGCAGUUGCCAGUUCACCUAUAGCCAUCGUUGCAGGCCAGCUUGCGGACACUUUCGAUGACCCUGUUACGCGAGGCCGUGCUUUUGCCUGGUUUAUGGCCAUGACCGUCUUUGGACCUCUUCUCGCACCAAUUAUAUCCGGUUUUUGUUCGACAACAAUCGGCUGGCGUUGGAGCUUUUGGAUCGGCCUAAUCUAUGCCGGAUUUUCACUGCUAGUAGUGCUGAUAAUCGUACCCGAAACGUAUGGGCCCAAGCUGCUUGCUAUAAGAGCCCGGAAAAUGCGAAAAGAGACAGGAAACCCGAACAUAUUCGCAGCUUCUGAGCUAGAGAGUCGUGACCUGAGUACUGUCGUCAGUCGUGUGCUCACUAGGCCACUCCGCAUGCUCUACUCGGAACUUAUCGUCACUUCCACGUGUAUGUACCUAGCCUUGUGCUACGCUAUAUUCUACAUGUCGUUUCAAGCUUUCCCGAUCAUCUUUCAACAGCUGUAUGGCCUCGCACCCGGUGUCACCGGGCUGUGCUUUCUCUCAAUCGGAAUCGGCGCCUUGCUAGCACUGCCAGUCUUCUACGCUUAUGAUGGGUAUCUCCGCCGCGCUCAAAACCAGAAGAAAGCCUGGAGUAGACAAGAAGAAUAUCGUCGAGUACCUCUUGCUUGUAUCGGUGGGCCGUUGUUCGUUAUAUCACUCCUCUGGCUCGGAUGGUCCGCAAGAACGAAUACUACUUUUGUAGUUCCAAUGCUGGCAGGAAUUCCAUUUGGAUUGGGCUUUCAAUUGAUCUUCAUGGCACUAUUGAACUACCUCACAGAUGCCUAUGAGAUAUAUGCUGCAAGUGCGAAUGCGGCUGCAAGUGCCACACGAUCUCUGGUUGCCGUCGUCCUGCCUUUUGCUACCACACCAAUGUUUCAACGGCUGGGAAUCGGAGGGGCGUGCAGUGUCUUAGCAGGACUGAGUUUAUUCAUGUGCUUCAUUCCGUUCAUAUUCCUCUGGAAAGGGGAGCAAAUCCGGGAAAGGUCCAAGUUCUGCAUCAUGUUAAAGCAAGAGAAGGAGGCACAUGCUCGAGAAGCCGAUGGUGGUCAGAGAAGCAGCCAGCUCGGACACGUUCCAGAGCAUACCUAGGUAUACCUGUCUGCAAGCUAGGUCUUUUAAGGGACUGUAACGGCCAGCGAGUUAUAGUAGAAACGAGUCGGACCGCUCGGGGUAAUCUUACGUGGGCCCCACAUGUCAAUACGAGCUAGGCAAAACACGAUAUACAUUCAGGCAGAAAGAUACUUCAUAAACCAUGCCUAACUGCGGCCAUAUUCUGGUGGAUAUGAAACACAGUAUUGAUAUCAGGCUUGUUUAAAAAUAACCUAUCAUGAUAUGGGGUUUCAAGAACGGAUUAAAUUUCUUAGUAUAAUGUAAUCGCAACUCCACGCUAUUACCAGCAUAACCAGAUAACUUAUUUCUUUCUCUACUAGCUCAUAACAUAGAGCUAUAAAUAAUUAUAACCGUAGGCGUACCAUAUUCAAGGUAUUUUCCGUCGGUAUGUAUAUUGCCUGCGGUACCCACUCCGAAACUGAUGCCAUCAAUUCGA